UUUUUGACCAAUGACAUUGCAGGAUACUGUCCCACCGCAGACUGUCACUUCCCAAAUAUUCAUUAACAUAGGCAGUAAGUAAACGCGAUGGGGUCCGGGGAAAGCACGUCAAGGAGAGUUUCUUUCGGCCUAGAUGAAGAUGACAGAGUUAGGAUUCUGCGUGGAGUCAAGCUUUCUGAAGAUGUUCUUCAGCGCAUGAGAAAUCAGAGUCAAACUCCUGAUCCAAGCCCAUCUUUCCAGACAAAGGAAAACCUAGGCCAGCAGGGUCGAACUUCAGGUGCAUAUGACACUCCACCUCCUAAUUUUCAAGACAGGACUUCUGCCGACAUUAAAGAGGAGCUCAGGAAGAGGUAUGAACAGCAGCAGGCCAUUAUCCAAGAAGAGUUGGCUCGCAUCGCACACAAAGAAAGAGAGGCAGCGCUUCAGGACGUCACUCGAGCGGUGCAAAGAGAGAGAGCACAGACGCGGCAGGAGUCGGAGAGAGCCAAACAGCUGCCCGCCUCUGAACUGGAUGCCUGGGGGAAACAGCUGGACAAGAAAGAGGCGGAGCUAAAAGCCCUGGAUGCUUUCUACAGGGAGCAGAUUGCCCAACUACAGAAGAAGAAUGAGGAGCGAUUCAAGGUGUCCACUGAACAGUUCCACAGCGCUGCGGCCCGAAGUGAAGCCAAUAUCAAGCCACGUAACGUGGAGCCCGUGUGCACGAACCUGCAGGCUCAGAUCAUGAACUGCUACAGAGAGAACCGUGAGCAAACGCUUCGGUGUUCAGACCUGGCCAAAGAGUACCUGCAGUGCAUCAAUGCUGCCAAGAAGAAUCUGUUGGUGAAUCACGGAUAAGGAGCGGCGCCGUCUCACCUGUCCCUCUCGUCCAUCAGUGUGUCAGGUUUCACGGGACGCUUCAUUUUCAGCCCUUCCACCCAAUUACCAUCUGAUCCCGUGGCUCCCAAAUGCACUACAGUGUACUGAACAAGCUAUAUGUUACAGGGAGCUAUGGGAGCGUUUCAUUAUCUUCAACAGCACUGAAAAUGAGAUUGAAGACAUGCAAAGCUUGAUUUUUAUAAGAGUACACUCAGGAAAUCCUGAUGCCUUUUAUUUGUCAGGGUUUUAUUUAUGCAUUGUAUUUCAUUAAAACCAUAUCUUUAGAAACAAA